AUGGGCGAGAUCCUAACUAGACGGGUGAGGCGCUGGAGACAUGCCUGCGUAUUUUUGGGAGCGUCUCUUCUCCUGUACUUCCUGCUGUUGGUCUUUACUGUCCUCAGGGGCGAUGGCAGAACCAGCAACUCCUUCCAAGCAACAGGGCGGCACAGGCGUCCUUCUCGAGGGGUCUUCGAGACUCUAAAUCUCAGCGAGGAGCAAUGCAAUGUUACGUUCCCCGGUCUGACCGACGACAUUGAUCGUACGAUUGCUCGCGGCCCUUUCACACUGAAGCAGACUACUGGAGCCUUGGGGCCGCUCCAGGCACGCAUCAAGGAUGGGCAGCUGUACAUCGUCAACUGGGAAAAAAAACUCUCCCCAGAGUUGAUCGACUCUCGCAUGGCCUCUCUGCACCAAAUCCACCGAGCCCUCCUCACCGCUCCCUCGCUCCUCCCGGACACAGUCUUCUCCCUCAACAUCCAGGACCAGCCCUUCGGCACGGCAUGGUCGUACGCGCGCCCCGCCUUCCCGGCGCCUGCGGCCAGCCUGCCACACAUCAAUCGGGCCUUCUUGAUGCCGCACUUCUCUUUCUGGAGCUGGCCGUUACCGUUCGUGGGCGUCUUCGCGCGCGCCGCUGCCGCCGUCGACGCCCUCGAGGCAAGCCUCCCCUUCGCCGAAAAAGACCCCCGCGCCGUGUGGCGCGGCACCGCCCGCUUUAACGGUGCCCACUACCCGCGCCUGCGGCAACGGCUGCUAAAGGUGGCCCAGGGCAAGGACUGGGCCGACGUCCAGCCCCUGUCCCGGGGCCAGAACGUGUCCGCGGAUAUCGAUCCGGAUGUGGCUCCGGGGGGCUACGGGUCGGCCACCAACUCGCUCCUGGUCGAGGAUUUCUGCAGGUACAAGUAUAUCCUGCACACCGAGGGCAUCACGUACAGCGGGCGCUUCCAGUUUCUACAGAUGUGCGGCAGCGUCCUGAUCACGCCGCCGAUCGCGUGGCUGCAACACACGACACACCUCGUCCGGCCACUCUUCUCCGACGACCUGGACCUGGGCUCCGGUCCGGGCACGGAGUCGUGGAUACCCGACCCGGACAUAGUAAAGGCGUGGCCGACGCGGUAUCGGCCCGAGGAGGCGAAUAUCGUGUUUGUGUCGCCCGAAUGGACCGACUUGGAGGGCACGGUGAGGUGGCUGGAGGAGCAUCCCCAAGUUGCCGAGGGCAUUGCGAGGAGGCAGAGGGAGCUGUUUGUUGGGGGAGGAUAUCUCAGCCCGGCGGCCGAGACCUGUUACUGGAGGGCCUUGGUCAGGGGUUGGAACAAAGUUGCGUCCCUCGAGGGUGAGGGAUGGGAAGAGAAAGAGGGGAUGAGGUGGGAGUUGUUUUCUAUGCGCCACGAGGGCAGAGAGUAA